GCUGCUGCUGGGCGGGGAGACCGGGAGCCCGAGAGGAGGCCGGAAAUUCUCGUCCGGGAGAAGGAAGAGAGAGCCUGUUGACUCUGAAUUUGCUUCAAAAUAGACGCCGUCUCUGUAGCCUGGGCUUAAGAAUCUUUCCGAGGAUACUUACCAGACCGUAAGGAGUGAUAACUACUGUCUAGGACCUGAAUUGGGAAAAAAAAAGGACAGCAGAGAAAGAAUGCUUAGGUAACACGAGACUUAUAGCUUUGCUUUCGUUUUGCGACUACAAAUUGAUGCACGUGGGUUUAUAUACAGUGUAACACCAAAACAGAACUAGAUUCUGCAGUGAGAGUCGAUAGCUUAGUCAUUUUACUUAAAGGGAGCACGCAGGCUUAUUAUGGGGUUAGACAGCAAAAAUGAAUUUGGUCACAAUAUGAUCACAUCUCUCGUUGGUAUCUAACUGUAGUCCUGUCCUAUGGAGUGCAAAAAGCAUACUUCUUUCUUUCUUAGCUAAAGAAACAAAGUCACAGUAUUAAAUUCAAAGAAGUUUGGGGUUGUUGUACAAGGCUAUUAACAUCAUCCUGUUCCCUGGGCUUGUAAGAACGGAGAACUGCAUUAAAUUGAUCACUGAUGAAUAUGUGUCUAAGAAAGAAGAAAAAGCAAUAUUCAUUUCUGAACAUGGCAAAGCAAUCUGAAGUUACACAUCUCCCCCUAAACACUGAUUUGGCACAGAUGGCAAGAAACUAUCUUUUCACUAACCUUUUCCAACUGUCCAAAAUGCUGCAUAUGAAGAUGCUUUAAUUCACAGUCAAAGCACUUGGAUUUUUAUCAAGGCAAACUGUUGGCAUUGUCAGAACAGUUUCUGUAUACUGAUUAAUUUAAUGUUUCUUUAAAAUAGCAAAUGAUGCAUAAAUGGAUGGACGUGUACCUAGAAAACCCUGUGAGAAGUCUUUCAUUGGAUCCUGUGAAUUUUUAUUUUUGUGGAUUACAGUAAUUCUUGCAAUAAUCCCUGCUGUUGACUGCUCAUGCAGUUGUUCUGGCAUGCAUCUAUGAAUACCAUAACAGAUAAAUCUGGCUGACAAGGAAAACGCUAAUGUUGGAAGAUCUGUGAACAUGAUGCAUGUGAAUAAUUUCCCCUUUAGGAGGCAUUCAUGGAUAUGUUUCGAUGUAGACAAUGGUACAUCAUCGGGACGAAGUCCCUUGGAUCCCAUGACAAGCCCUGGAUCAGGGCUAAUUCUUCAGGCAAAUUUUGUCCACAGUCAACGUAGGGAGUCUUUCCUUUACCGGUCAGACAGUGACUAUGACUUGUCUCCAAAGUCCAUGUCCAGGAACUCUUCCAUUGCCAGUGAUAUACAUGGAGAUGACUUGAUUGUGACACCGUUUGCUCAGGUGCUGGCCAGCCUGCGUACUGUACGGAAUAACUUUGCUGCAUUAACCAAUUUACAAGAUCGGGCACCCAGCAAACGAUCACCAAUGUGUAACCAACCAUCUAUUAACAAAGCAACUAUAACAGAGGAGGCCUAUCAAAAACUGGCUAGCGAGACCAUGGAGGAGCUGGACUGGUGCCUGGACCAGCUGGAGACCCUGCAGACCAGGCACUCCGUCAGCGAAAUGGCCUCGAACAAGUUUAAAAGAAUGCUCAACCGGGAGCUAACCCACCUAUCUGAAAUGAGCAGGUCAGGCAAUCAGGUCUCAGAAUAUAUAUCAAACACAUUCUUAGACAAACAACAUGAAGUUGAAAUCCCUUCUCCAACACAGAAAGAGAAAGAGAAAAAGAAGAGGCCGAUGUCCCAGAUCAGUGGAGUCAAAAAACUCAUGCACAGCUCUAGCCUAACUAAUUCCAGUAUUCCCAGAUUUGGAGUUAAAACAGACCAAGAAGAUGUCCUUGCCAAGGAACUAGAAGAUGUGAACAAGUGGGGCCUUCAGGUUUUCAGAGUAGCAGAGUUAUCUGGAAACAGACCUUUGACUGUCAUCAUGCACACUAUUUUUCAGGAACGGGACUUGUUAAAAACUUUUAAGAUUCCAGUAGAUACUUUAAUAACUUACUUGAUGACCCUUGAAGACCAUUACCAUGCAGAUGUGGCAUAUCACAAUAACAUACAUGCUGCAGAUGUUGUUCAGUCAACCCAUGUGCUACUAUCAACCCCAGCAUUAGAGGCAGUGUUCACUGAUUUGGAAAUUCUUGCAGCAAUUUUUGCCAGUGCCAUACAUGAUGUAGAUCAUCCUGGGGUUUCAAACCAGUUUCUUAUCAACACAAAUUCUGAACUUGCCUUGAUGUACAAUGACUCAUCAGUACUGGAGAAUCAUCACUUAGCUGUGGGUUUCAAGCUGCUGCAAGAAGAAAAUUGUGACAUUUUCCAGAAUUUGACCAAAAAACAAAGGCAGUCAUUGAGGAAAAUGGUCAUUGAUAUUGUCCUUGCAACAGAUAUGUCUAAGCAUAUGAAUCUACUGGCUGAUCUAAAAACUAUGGUUGAAACUAAAAAAGUGACCAGUUCUGGCGUUCUACUUCUUGAUAACUAUUCAGACAGGAUUCAGGUUCUUCAGAAUAUGGUGCACUGUGCAGAUCUAAGCAAUCCAACCAAGCCGCUCCAUCUCUAUCGCCAAUGGACAGACAGAAUAAUGGAGGAAUUUUUUCGUCAGGGAGAUCGGGAAAGAGAGAGGGGAAUGGAGAUAAGUCCCAUGUGUGAUAAGCACAAUGCAUCUGUAGAAAAAUCACAGGUGGGUUUUAUAGACUACAUUGUUCAUCCUUUGUGGGAGACGUGGGCAGAUCUUGUUCACCCAGAUGCCCAGGAUAUCCUAGAUACACUGGAGGACAAUCGAGAAUGGUACCAGAGCACAAUCCCUCGAAGUCCCUCUCCUGCACCUGAUGACCAGGAAGAGGGAAGGCAGGGUCAAACUGAAAAAUUUCAGUUUGAGCUAACACUGGAGGAAGAUGGUGAGUCAGACACUGAAAAGGACAGUGGAAGUCAAGUAGAAGAAGACACCAGCUUCAGUGACUCCAAGACUCUUUGCACCCAGGAUUCAGAAUCCACUGAAAUUCCUCUUGAUGAGCAAGUAGGGGAAGAAGUAGAAGAGGAGGAGAACCAAACAGAACCCUGUGUGGUCGAAGAUCAUUCUCCUGACACAUAACAAUGAAAAUGCAGUCUCUUUCUCUCUUAUACUCUCUCCCUUUCUUUUCCUCUUUCUCUCUGAGUUUUUUUGUUUUGUUUUGGAUUUUUUUUUUUUUUUUUUUUAAUUUAGGUAAUGGUUUCCAAAGUGUGUGUCAUAUACUACAACCAUGGUCAUAACUUGCUGUCAUCUGCCAGGACAAUUGUUGAUCAAAACUGACAUUGAUGACUCAGUUUGGCACUCAGGAAUAUCGUAAUCAGAAUUUUCACCUCAAUGGCAUCAGAAAGCAGGGGGAGAACAUCCAUAAACUACAUUUUAAUAAGCUCUGCAUUUGGCAGAUUCACUUAAAUAAAGCAAAUAUUUUCAGAAGAGUACCACCUGCCAACCAAAUGCUGGUGUGCUUUGAUAGUUUUUGAAUUCAUUGUAUUUUGCAAGCAAAGCAUUGCAUAAUGUUCAUCUUGAGAGGAAACAGACAGAAAACAAAUUGAGGUUCCUACUGGAAAACAAAUUCAUGUAAAUGAUGGGACACAACAUGAUUGUUACCAACAGGAAGAUGAGCUGUGAAAAUUGCAUAAUUUUCUAAUUUCAAGUCUUCCUGAGACAUGACUGAAAAAAGUGUGACCCAGUGGGUUGCACUAACCUCUCCAUUUUGUAUAAUAUGUGAGAGAUCUUUUGUAGAGCUUACUUUUAUUAAGUGUACCAAGGUAUUAUAUUAAAAAAACAAACCACUUUCAUCUGCCAAUGGUUAUUUUUUUUCCAAAGAGGAACUUGCAAGUUUUCAAUACAGAUCUGUGCUACACUGGAUAAUACUUCUAGGGGUUUUUUUUUUGCUUGGGGUUUUUUGUUUGUUUGUUUGUUGUUUGGUUUUGUGGUUUUUGUUUGU